AUGCCUCCGAACCCCUUCAACCUCGCCCUGGCCGCAGGCCAUGAGAUUGAACUUCUCGACCUGACGGGGUUUGACUCCCUCGCGGAGGCUCCUGCCGAGCGGGAGCUAUCCGCCGUGCCGAGUGACGGGUCAGACGAGGCUUCACGUCCAGAGGCUUUGCCCGUCAUCCCCGAGUCACCUACACCCCCGACCCUGGACAGAAGGUCAGGCGACGCAUCGUGCGGGUACGGAUGCCCAAGCACGCCCGUAUCACCGUUCACCGCGGCCGGACCGGAUAGAGGAGAAGCCGGCAAUCAUAUAGAGGACCCCAUCGUGAUUGACGAUCUGGACGGAGAGGAAGGAGGUGGGAGUAGGACGACGUCCAUCGUGGCCAUGUCUGUGCCGCCGAGUGAGCGUGUCGACCUGCCCCGCACUCCCUCUCCGGCGGUGGAUGACGGUUGCGACGGGACGUUCAUCAAGUCGGAGCCGUCGCCGUCUCCUGCCCCUCCUCCCCCACCACGGAAGCCAUCGUUUCCCCGUGUGGUUGUGGAGGUCCCUUUGAUACGCGAACUUACACCCGAGGGCGCGUCCGGGUCGCCGCGUGCUCGACUGCAAGCCAUUAAGCCGCGGAGUGAUCUAGCACGACGCGGUCGAGAAUUGGAGGUAGAUCGCGCCUCAACUGACGGCGGCGGCGGCGGAGAAGACGAAGACGACGACGACGACUACACGAAUGACAAAGGCGACGAGGACGAUGAGGACGACUGCCAGCCGCCGGUCGGAUCCCUCAAACGGCAGAGAAGUCACGCGCCAGAUGUCGCCGGUGUCGAUGCCGCAACGAGGCCGUCAAACCGCCGCGUGCUGGAAAAUGACAUGUACACGUUCGCCUCGACGGUCGCCACGUGCAUAGUAAAGCUGCUCUCCGCUCCACAUUUCGCACAGGGCAACGACGACACUGCGGGUGCUGGUGGCGUUGGGUAUAAUAAAUUUGCGGUCGGCCACAGGGGGAAGAGGGGCCGAUGGUCAAAGAAGGAGGAUGAGCUACUCUUGUCCCUGGUGCAGAAGGACAGCCCCCCGACGGAGGACGACGUGGAGGAACUUUUCCCCUUGAGGACCCUGUCGUCGCGUGCAUUGUCCCCAACACGCGUGCCUUCCAUGGUGGGUCCUCCUGCGGCCGAAGAACGCGCUGCCGAGAACCCUCAGCCCCGCAGCUCGACGCCUACGGCCAGCUUAAAACUUGCCCCAGGACCCGUCAAGGCCUCCAAAGCUGCUACCGCGGUCGCGACCACCGAUACCAUGGCCGGGACCAGCCUCAGGAACCUACCGCUGGAGAUACUCGCGCCGAUAUCGGAGGAGCUCCCCGACCUCUACUCCUUUUGCUCCGCCGUCCAGGUGUUAGCGCCACCCGAUACUUGGGACGACCUUACUCGCAUCGCACGCCUGAGCUUCUCGCGAACGUGUCGCGAAGUAGCGGAACAUCACAAGUAUGGAAUGAUCGUCCGAGGGCUCCUGUCCGCCGUGUAUGACGAUAAGUUUGGUGGAAAUACCGGCCGCGGCCUCCUUCAGGAAGGAUGGAGCGUGUUGAAGCAGCGAGGCCUCGAAGAAUUGCUUAUCCCCGUGGGGAUGGCGGUGGCUCGACGCCUGCCGUUGUGGGAGAGGGGCCUCUUAUAUCCCGUAGCUUUCUCGCACAACUCGCACAUGCCACGGCAGGCGGCCAACGCAUGUCGCCAUUGA